AUGUGUUUCGUAACCUUGUUAGUGGGCGGUUUUGAGUCCCACGUUUUAUUCGACUCUGGAGCAUCGAAUUGCUUCAUUACACCGGAGCGUGCCGAGAAGAGUGGCAUCCGGAGUAGCGCGGGCGAGAGCGCGGGCAUGGUCAAGGUGGCGGGAGGUGGAUUCUUGUCUACUUUGGGCCGUGCUAGAGGAGUCGAGAUCGAGAUUGCGGGGCAGUCAAUGCCAGCAGACUUAGUCAUCAGUCCGGUGGAGCUGUAUGACGUUAUUCUCGGGAUGGACUGGUUGUCACACUACAGAGUUCAUCUGGAUUGCUACAGAGGUAGAGUGGUCUUCGAGCGAGAUGCAGGGAGGUUGGUUUAUCAGGGAGUGAGACCGACUUCCGGGAGUAUUGUGAUAUCUGCUAUUCAGGCCGAGCAGUUGUUAGAGCGGGGCUGUGAGGCGUAUCUGGCGACGAUUUCUAUGUCUGAGUCAGGAGCUGGAGUUGUUAUGGGAGAUAUUGAGGUUGUCCAGGAUUUUGAGGAUGUCUUUCAGUCACUGAAGGGAUUACCACCAUCUCGGUCUGAUCCUUUCACGAUUGAGUUAGAGCCGGGGACAGCACCGAUAUCGAAGACGCCUUACAGGAUGGCGCCAGCUGAGUUGGCAGAGCUGAAGAAGCAGAUAGAGGACCUUUUGUCUAAGGGGUUCAUUCGACCGAGUGUUUCACCGUGGGGAGCACCGGUGUUGUUUGUGAAGAAGAAGGAUGGGAGUUUCAGACUUUGUAUCGAUUACAGAGGUCUUAACCGAGUCACUGUGAAGAACAGGUACCCACUCCCGAGGAUUGAUGAGUUGUUGGAUCAGUUGAGGGGUGCUACUUGGUUCUCCAAGAUUGACUUGGCAUCGGGGUAUCAUCAGAUCCCGAUAGAUGAGGCAGAUGUCAGGAAGACUGCUUUCAGGACGCGUUAUGGGCAUUUUGAGUUUGUGGUUAUGCCUUUCGGUUUGACUAACGCGCCGGCAGCCUUCAUGAGAUUGAUGAACGACGUGUUCAGGGAGUAUUUGGACGUGUUCGUCAUCAUUUUCAUUGAUGAUAUUCUGGUAUACUCGAGGAGUCAGGAGGAGCAUGCGACUCACUUGAGGUUGGUUCUGGAGAAGCUUCGGGAGCAGAAGCUUUUUGCUAAGUUGAGCAAGUGCAGUUUCUGGCAGCGAGAGAUGGGAUUUCUUGGCCACAUUGUUUCUGCAGAGGGAGUUUCUGUGGAUCCGGCUAAGAUUGAGGCUAUCAGAGAUUGGCCUAGACCUAGUAGUGCCACCGAGAUCAGGAGUUUUCUGGGUUUGGCAGGAUACUACAGGAGGUUCGUCAAGGGGUUUGCUACCAUGGCGCAGCCGAUGACGAAGUUGACCGGGAAGGAUGUCCCUUUUAUUUGGUCAGCUGAGUGUGAGGAGAGCUUUAGUCAGCUCAAGGAGAUGUUGACUACUACACCAGUGUUGGCGUUACCCGAGCCAGGGAAGCCUUACAUGGUGUAUACAGAUGCUUCAGGCAUUGGUCUUGGUUGUGUGCUGAUGCAGGAGGGCAGAGUGAUAGCAUAUGCUUCGAGACAGUGGCAGGGCAGUGAGCGUAACCGUCCUACACAUGACUUAGAGUUGGGAGCAGUGAUCUUCGCGUUGAAGAUUUGGAGGUCUUACUUGCUAGGUGAGACAGUACAGGUCUUCACGGAUCACAAGAGUUUGCAGCAUAUCUUCACUCAGCCGAUGAUGAACGCGAGACAGACGCGCUGGGUUGAGUUCUUGGCGGACUAUCAGGUGAGCAUUAACUACCAUCCGGGCAAGGCUAACCUAGUGGCGGACGCGUUGAGUAGACGGAGGUAUGAUUCCGCAGUUGAGCGAGAUGUGGAGUCUCUAGUUGGCGAGAUCAGUACCUUGCGUUUGUGUGCCAUUUCGCAGGAGCCUUUGGGUUUAGAGGCAGUGGAUCAGGCGGAUCUACUUAGCAGGAUCAGAGUUGCUCAGCAGAGUGAUCAGAGUUUGCUGAGUUGCGACUGA